AUGUCUCAAUAUCAAUCAGUACAUCUUGCUGCUCGCCCGAAGAGCGAAAUCGUUGCUGGAGAGACCUUCGAGGUCAGAUCGAAUGCUGCUCCCAAGGAGUCCGAUCUCAAGGAUGGUCAAGUCAUCUUCCGUUCUCUGUACCUCAGUCUUGAUCCUGCCAUGAGAGGAUGGCUCAAUGACACACGCUCAUAUGUCCCUCCCGUACAAAUUGGCGAGAUCAUGCGCGGAGUCGCUAUUGGUACCGUCGAGGCAUCCAAAUCCGAAAAGUUCCCGGUCGGCACACUCGCUACUGGAUUUGUUGGCUGGACAGAACUCGCCGUGGUAGAUGAGAAGGCUCUUGAACGUGUUGACCUACCUUCCAACGGCCGCACCACUGACGCCCUCGGUGUUCUCGGUAUGACUGGCUUGACCGCAUACUUCGGUAUCAUCGAAGUUGGUCAAGUCAAGGAAGGCGACUUUGUCGUCGUCUCUGGUGCUGCCGGCGCAACCGGUAGUGUUGUUGCACAGAUUGCCAAGCUCAAGGGCGCCAAAGUCCUUGGAUUGGCCGGUUCCGACGACAAGGUCUCAUGGUUGAAGAACGACCUCGGUUUGGACGAUGCACUCAACUACAAGGACGCCGACUUCACCACCAAAUUCCGCAACGCAACCAAAGGCUUGAUUGACGUCUUCUUCGACAACGUCGGCGGCGAGAUUCUCGAUCUUGCUCUCUCUCGCGCAAAGCCAUUCUCUCGCUUCGUGUGCUGUGGCGCUAUCAGCGAUUACAACAAUGCCGCACCUAGAGGACUCAAGAACUACAUGAUGAUUAUCUCCAUGCGUAUUCGCAUGCAAGGUUUCAUCGUGUUUGACUUUGCAGACAAGUACGCAACUGCCAGACAAGAAUUGGCACAGUGGCUCAACGAGGGCAAGCUGCAGAGAAAGGAGACUGUUAUCGAGGGUGGAUUGGGCAAGGCAGAGCAAGGAUUGAGAGACCUGUACAAGGGCGUUAACACUGGUAAAUUGCUUGUUGAGGUUAGCACGCAGAAGGAUGGCAAGGCUAGACUGUAG